UCACCCCUUGUGUGUCAGUGAAGCGGCGUGCAAGAGUGAAGCUCCACAGCACCGACACGACCGCAGUCCGAGCAGGAUUAAGGUCAACUAAUCUAAUCUGAGUGUCUCUAUACUCUGACAAAUCGACUGUGGCAACAUUGGCCAAAGACAAAAAUGGUGUUUCUGACGCUGUCGUGUUGGAUCCGGAACCGCGGGCCUGAUCGAUACUGGAAGGUCCAAGAAGUCCUCAAACACGCACGGCAUUUCAGAGGCAGGAAGAACCGAUGCUACAGUCUGGCCGUGCGGGCGGUCAGGAGAGCCUUCGUCUACGCCACCAAGAGUCGGAAGCUCAAGAAACGCAACAUGAGAACGCUCUGGAUCUCACGCAUUGCAGCCGCAUCAAGAGAGCACGGGAUGAAGUACCCUGCCCUUAUGCACAACCUUACAAAGAGCAGUGUUCAACUCAACCGGCGUGUUCUCAGCGAUCUUGCCAUCACAGAGCCACGGUCGUUCCUGGCACUCACAAAGCUAGCCCGGGCUCGGCAAGAGGAGGGUUUCCGUGCGGCGCUGGGUGACGGCAGAGAGCCUCCCGGCGUCCUCUCACGUGUCGUCAUGCUGCAGUGAUGGACCUGUUGUGUUGCUGUUGUGGACUCCCAGUGGCUGUGUCGUGUAGACAGUGAUGCUCUUGGAUGGUGGAGAUGCAGACACAGUUACAUUUUACAUUGUUAUUAUGUAUGUAGUAACUUGGGAAUGUGUUUCUGUGCUCUGAUAAGCCAUCACAUGCACCUUGCCAUAACCCAAGUGGGACACGACACAGCAGCAUGACUUAGAGUCCAUCGACAGAUCUGCUCCUGCCACUGAUAUCAGUCCAACAUCUGUCUCGUCAUGCCAGAGGUUUCUCUCUUACCUCCCUUCCAAAUUAUGUUCGAGGGUGUGAUGAUCAAAUGUCAUGAUCCUACCUCUGUAUACCAUGUACAUGAUUUGUUAACUUAUGAUUUUAAUGUUGGAUUGUGAGUCUUUGCUGCCGGUAGGGAGCAAAAAAAAAAAAAAAAAAAAGAUCUACUUCACUUUGUAAUGCCUUUUGUUUCUCUCUGUGUAAAUAUAUUGUAUUUUACCUGUUCUUCUGGUAAAAUUGUAUUCAUAAAAUGUUUGAGUUCAUUAAACACUUUGGUAUAUAUUCA